AUGACCGGCGGAACAAUACAACUGGCAAGAAACAGCUUCGCAAGCAAAGAUGGAGCAUCUUCGAGAAUAAGAUGGAACGGCGUCACUCGGCCAUCGCCUCUCCCAGCGUCUCCUCUGUGGGUAUUCGGCUACGGAUCCCUCAUCUGGAAGACAAAUUUCCCGUACGAGGACAGGGUGGUGGGUCGCGUGCGAGGCUACACCAGAAAGUUUUGGCAGGGAGACGUGGCCCAUAGAGGAGUCCCCGGAGCACCUGGUAGAGUGGCAACUCUUGUUCAGAAGGAUAAAGAGUCGACAUGGGGUGUAGCAUUCAAGGUUAACGCAUCAGAAGUGUGCGAUACCGUUGCCUACCUGAACGCCAGAGAGCAAGGCUAUUCGAUGCACAAGGUCACUUUCUAUCCAUGCAAGAGAAGAGACAUGCAACCGAUGACAGUAGUCGCAUACAUUGGAACAGACAAGAGUCCGUCAUAUCUUGGACCUGCAUCGGUAGACACAAUGGCCCGGGAUAUUGUGAGCACCAGAGGCUGUAGUGGAUCAAACUCAGAGUACGUUUUGAAUCUAGCCUCGUCCAUGAGAGAGAUUGCACCAGAGGUGAACGACGAACACUUGUUCUCCCUGGAAGCCAGGAUAAAAGAACUGCUGGUUUCCUCUUCACUGGCAGAACAAAGACUGCUGAGAGUUGACGGCAUUGUUGUUGGACGCAUCAAUAGCAGUAGUAGUAGUAGUGCAGAAGUCGAAACUGGCAGUCACAACAGGGAAUCAGACUCUCAGCUCUCUGAAAAUGGGGCGGGGCGAGUUAGUUACGGACAUGCGAUCACGAUGCAAAACUGCAGCGGAGAAGACGAGAGGAUUUGGGUGUUUGGGUACGGAUCUCUGACGUGGAAGGCGGACUUUCCCUACCGCGAGAGGGUGGUGGGUCACGUGAAGGGCUUUGCUCGACGAUUCUGGCAGGGCAGCACCGACCACAGAGGAAUCCCUGGAGCGCCAGGCCGAGUGGUGACUUUGGUGGAAGCACAAGAGGAGGUGACGUGGGGUGUGGCGUUCAGAACUGACCGCAGCGUACUCCCUCACCUGGACCACAGAGAAAAAGGCGGCUACACAACCCACCACGUCACGUUCCACCCCUGCCACAAGGACACUCCCCCCUUCCCCGUCCUGGUCUACAUUGCCACCGAGACCAACAUAGAGUACCUCGGACCGGCCUCCCUGGAUGACAUUGCCCGACAGGUGGCCGAGUCCCACGGACCAAGUGGGUGCAACGUGGAGUACGUUCUGAACCUUGCCCGCACCAUGAGAGAGACGUUCCCUCAUGCACGAGACAAUCACCUCUUUGGCCUCGAGGAAAAGCUACGGGAGAUGCUCGCAGGCUCUCUCUCACACGAGCGCCCUGUCCCCCUGGUGUGUGAUUCAUGUGAGUACCACUCACCAAAAACCCAGUAGGAACCAUCAGCACUGGAAAAUUGAUGCAUUACCUCAUUAACGAAUAGUGUUAGUUACCGUAUCAAUUGUAUCAUACUAUUACAUAUCACAUGAUGGGUUUGAUCAUACAAAGAAAACAACGAAAAAGAUGAAGAAGACCAAUAUGACACCAAAUAUUUUCAACAUGAGCCAACGAUUGGAAGUUAUGCCUUUGAAAUACUUGAGAAGUUCUGUGUGUGCUGCAUCUACAUUUGUGAGGGUUUCUUCGACAUUAUCAUCUAUCCUACAGACCACAGGUAGAAGGAAGGUAGGGAGGGGAUAGGAACAUACACUCACUGGUUUCACACAUAGUAGUUCAUAUACUGUGGAUAGAGUAACUAGUGUGAGCUAAGAGACCACGAAAACUGCUCAUCAGUCAUCGUUAGUGAGCAUUACAGGUGAAACCAUACUGAUGAUCUCAGACAGCAAACGGCCGUCAAUUAAUAAUAACGGCAGGGUUUCCCUCACUCACCUGGCCACU